CCAUGUUGUUGUUUCUAUACGUGCAUCUGCGACUAAUUUAUUUUUGAUUGCGCCUUUGAUAUCUUAUUUUAAACGACUAGUCAUGUCAUCUCAGUCAUCACAGAAAAGAAAGUUUUCAACUCCUUUCAUUUCACCCUUGUCGGCCGGUGUUAAAAAAAUAUCAGAAAACCAUACAACCAUACAGAAACAAUACCACAACAGUAGUAUUUCAGAGGAGAGAAGAGAUUCUAGCAAGAAUGGGUAUAAUCAUAAUAGCUGUCAGCCAAAAAGCCCGAAGAGAACACUUUAUAUAUUCAAAGAACCGUUAGAAAAUGCAGAAAUCAUUAGAAAUGAAGUCACUUCAAGAAGAGAAAGGCGCUAUUUAAUACAACCAGCUAUAGUAGAGAAAAAUAAACCUAUAUCCACAAUUUACGAAAUAACUGAGGAAUCUGUAGAUAUUCAACCAUAUAACGUAGAUACCUGGUUAAAUGAAUCUGCAAAAAUAACUGCUACAAACUCAACGGUGUUCCAUAGGAAUGCACGUGAAUCUUGUCUUCAGAAUCCUUCUCCAAAGAAAGCAAAGAUUCCAAGGAAAACUGCAGCAACCGAAAGACAGGUAAAGCUAAAUGUGUUGUGCUCGAUACUCAAGAUGAAGAAUGAACUACAAAUAAUACGAGACAGGCGAGAUAAGCUUUGUGUCAACUUGAAGGAAAUUACUAUUUACCAAGAGGAGUAGGUUCUGAAACAGACAAUUAAUGAAAGCUAUCAAUAUUCUUCGAAAAAGGACUGUGGACAAAGAACAAGUUUGUUUUUUCUAAUGAACUGAUAUAUCUUGUUGUGUAUAAAGUUAGUAUCAGGAAUACUACAUAUAUAAUUGUUAUGUUUUCACUAGUUGAAAACAACUUAUUUAUUUGUGACACUUGUGAUAAGAUCUGCUAUUUUCUGUUUUCAAUUGGUAACUAUAUUGUUAUUAAACUUAUCAUGAAAUAACCUGAGUCCUGUGUUUUUUUAAUGGUCAUGCUCAAGACUGUCAUUCCUUUAAUAAAUUAAAGGUUUAAAUUUAAGACUAAGGUCCUAUGAGAAUCCCUUUCUGCUCGACACUAAAAACACACAACACCACUGGUUGUUGAUCUAAAUGAGAAUAAAGUAUAUUUUGGAUUAACAGAAUCAAUCUAACAUAACAAACUCCCCUCAAAAUAUUUAAAGUUCACUAUAAACCAAUUCCAAUUCUUUAUGAAUGAGUUAUGACAGGUUGACAGAGGUCAU